AUGUCAGGUUACAGUUCUGAUGAUUUUCACGACUUGGAUCUUUCUGAAUUCACAGCUGAGGAUUUUGCAUACAUAGACGCCAACAUUGCAUCGCUUUCAGGAUCUGGUCGUCAUGGAACCACAGAAGCUGAGCCCAAGUUGUCUGAAGAGAGGUAUCGCCUUAAUUCAGCAGACUCUAAAGCUUUCGACACCGACGAUGAAGAUAUAUAUUGUGCAAACGAGACGUCAUUCCGGUCUGACACUUUCGACCUCAACCUAAGCACCUUAACCAACGAAGAGUUGGAUGCGCUGGAUGAAUAUGUAUCAAAAAAGAUACCUAAACCAAGUGCUGGUCCAUCUAUCGCUAUUGAGAUUGAAGGACCAGUUGAUGUGUCUGGUACUUCCAAACAUACAGUCGGAGAAAAUAAACAUAUCAAUGGUACCUGGAAGCCACGAUUGUCUAACUCUCCACUUAACCAAUUUCGUCCGUAUAUGACCCUUUCUGUAACGGACCUCACUUCACCUGCAUGGUGUGAAGUUCAGUAUGACUAUGGGUUGCGAGGCAGGAGAUCGCGUCCGAUCAGCGAGCGUCCUCAAACUUUCCAAUCUUCUUCCGGGAAGACGAUCCGCCCAGAACCAAACAUUGUCAAGAAAAAUGAUAUACAAACAAGACAGGGACUUGCCGUUCACAAGGAACUUGAAAGGGAGAUCAAAUUCGAGGAACUUCAAGUGGAUAUUACAAGCGAAGAGACGCGUUGGGCUUUGCGGUACGUGGCUGCAAAUUCUCUUAUACUACUUCAUCUUCAGAGGGAGAUGCCCGUUUUUGGAGUGAUUCACGAUGAAGUCGUUGUUGGUAUUAUGGAUGAAGUGAUAAAAGAAGAGGUACCAAAAAUGCCCAACUCGAUUGCAUUUAAAAGUUCCAAGCGUCCGUCAGACCAUCUGCAGCCUUCCUCCAUCUCAAAGAAGCCGCGCACAAGCUUGCCUUAUCCACAAACUCGAAUAGAUUCCUGUUUCGAAAGCUCCAAGAAAGAGAAGAAACCUUCACAAUCACCAUCGCUAGUGGUUGAGGAAGAACAAACGCAGACGCGAAGUUCGUCGGAAUACGUUUUGCACAUCAAGGACAACAAAACGCGGGAAAAGCCUUAUAUACCUUCAGAGGCUGAUAUGCAGUCAGGUCGUAUGCAGCUUAUGUUGUAUCGAAGACUCCUUUCACAGCUUAUAUCAACAAAUCCUCCCUACGACUUCUCACCCUUUUGGAGCAAAUUGGGUGUCAACUCAGCAGCCAUUUUUCCAACGAAGUUUCUUGUCCAAGCUCACCUUAUCGAAGAAUCCUCCGGCUUCCAGUCCACCUGUUUGGACGACUUGGUGUCAUUGUGGCAUAGCGAAAUCAAGGAUUUAAAUAUUGUUGGUGUCGAUCCUACCUUGGAAUUGGUAUAUCGCUUGAGGCCAUCUCCUAGACGUAAAAAGAAGAAGCAUGGUUUGACAACACCUAGGCCACCUCAAACCAUCAGCGAUGAAGAAAGAGAUUUGAUGAUCGCAAUUGCUGCCAGUUUGGAAGAUGUAUCUGCCUCGCAAACCCAGGUCGAUAUGAGCCAUAUAGGCCCGUCAACACAUUUUUAUAAGAAAAAUCAAUUUGACAGCCCUAAUUCUGGCACUGAAGAUACGAAAUUUCAAACGACACUUGCUGAAUCCAUUAUAGCUCAGAAUGUGUCAAAGACUUUUGACAACUCAGGUAUCGACUUUGCGGACCUAAUAAUAAGCAACGCUUAUUUACAGUUACCAUUAGUAGAUCUUCCGGAAAUUGAGUGCGUUGAUGUCACUGAAAAAAUUGGCAAGGGUAAAGAAAAGGAAAUUGAAGCAGAAGAACAAGGAAUUCGGCGCUUCAAGAUAAUCGGAACGAAAAGGUUUUUGCACAAUGAUGAGGAACUGGACAAGUACCUUGACCAUGUACUAGAGUGGUGGCGAGGGGAACGGAGACCUGAAGGGGUGCCUCUGGAUCGCACUUAUCGUUGCUCAUACUGCGAAUAUGAAAACGACUGUGAAUGGAGAGCUGAAAAGGCUGCAGAGAUCAGGCAGAAAAAACUACCCGAUCCAUGA